AUGGUAAACGAAUUUAACCUCAUUUACCGCGGUGUAGAAUUAACCAUUCGCAGCUUGUUCCCAAUCAAGGACAAACUGUACGUCAAAAUACUGUUUGGCCGCAGAGACAAACCUCUAGGUUCAGACUCUUUAGCAGAAAAACUGCUAUACCAGAUGAUUGAUGUAUUGCCCUCUACAAGUUCUCUUCCAGAACAAGUUUACGAUCUUUUCGGUCUUACAGACCGUGGAAUCAAGGAUUUAGAGAGCCCUCAAAUGAUGGAAUGGCUAAUGUAUAUGGAACUUCACCAUCCACGGGUACCUCCUAUGUCAGUAUUGGAUAUAAAAUAUGGACACGAAAAUCUCGACAAGUUUCUUCGUGAUGCACAGCCAUUCAAGAGCGUCAUGACUCUACGAAACGAAUUCGAGAAGGUGACAGACAAGCAGAAGGAAUAG